GCAAAGAGGCGCCGACAGGCGAAUUUUCCAUGCACCUGUACGAGAACCGAGAGGAGUGUCCAUUCUCGCAGAGGGCGUUGCUAGUGCGUACAGGUGCGGGGGGCUGAGGUGGCCGUUUUAGUGUCCUUCCGGAGAAGCUCCAUAAUGUUAACCAGUUGCCCGGCAAAUAACAGAACACCCAUACUCUUGGCUAUUUACCGCGUUCUGCGAGAGGAGAUUGCAAGGAAGUCUGUCCAACGGAAAAACUACAUUACAGGGAUUGCGUGCUUUCCUUGACCGGGUACAGUGCGCCAACGAGGGCGCUCAGCUAAUGUCAGCCAGCGAUCAGUCUGUGCGACGGAUGACAAACUGGAGAUGAUUUGCAACUCGCGCACAAUUUCACUCGUUCCGCACUGACGAAUAUUCCCCUCGGUGAAUUCUCUUUCAUUGCUGUUCAAGAGGAGACUUGUAAGACUAGGGCUACAGCGCCAAAGGCAAAUUACGUAAAGAUAACAGGAAUACUUAAGGGAUUGUAUACUUUGGGGCUGUGGCACACGGACGGUGGAAGUUGGGCGAUGGACAUCGCGACUUCUAGGAAACUAGGCACCUUGGUGUCACUUGCGUUUCUAUGGCUUUUUCCAGGUGUUGUGCUUGAGGUGCAUAUUCCACAGAAAAAGAUAGAGGUCAUCAAUGGAAAAAUGGUGGUCCUGCAGGCCUGGUACCCCAAAACCGAUAACUUUCAGAAAAACACAGUCCUCUGGAACUUCAUGAACAACAACGACACCAAGCUGAUCAUUUCCAACUCGGCGGGUGAGCCCAGUUUCGGCAACCCAGAGUUCCACGGGCGCGUGGGGUUCCUUAACGCCAUGCCCUCCAACAACCUGACCAUCUUCGUUAACAACACACAGGAGUCUGACUCGGGGCGGUAUGUCUGCAUGGUCCUCAUCCCAAAGGGAAGGGCCCUCACAGGGGAGAUUACGCUUGAUGUCAAAGUUCCCCCAUCGAUACCAGUGUGUAAAAUGGAAGGGAAACCCGUGCUGAAAGGGAAUGUGACUCUGACCUGCAAAUCUAAAGCUGGAAAACCUGUCCCAAUAUACAAGUGGUCAAAGACCACCCCAGUGAACGAGGUCUUCUUCUCUCCUAUGCUGAAUGAGAAGCUGGGCACUCUCAAGUUGAAUAACAUCACCAAGAACAUGACAGGGAAGUAUGUGUGCAAGGCCAGCAAUACGGCGGGUUCUGAGAGCUGCUAUAUUAACCUGGAGAUCACCAUCCCAGCCACCAAUGUGGGGGUGAUCGCUGGAGCCACGGUAGGCUCGGUGGUGGGGCUCGUGGCCAUCGUCAUGUUCCUGAUCCUCAUCCUCAGGAGGAAGAGUGACACCGAGGACGACAUGGCCAACGACAUCAAGGAGGACGCUCAGGCUCCGAAGCGUGUCUCAUGGGCCAAGAGUGGGACCGGUUCUGACAUCAUUUCCAAAAAUGGCACCCUGUCCUCCAUCACCACCAGCCCCCACCCACGGGACCACCACUACACCCACCACCCUGCCUCCGACACCGCCUCCAUCAUCACUGCCACAGGGAGCACCAUGGGCUACAGGCCCCGCCCCAGAGAGUCCACCCCCCCGCAAGGCCUUCCCGGAUACCAGACCAACACAACCCUACACCGCGGCCCCCCUGGUCCCCCCAGCACCAACGGCAGCACCCUACACAGACCUGACAGUGCACAGCCCCAGGCCCCACGUCCACCCCCCUUGCCCACCAACAUGACCUCCUCCAACAUCUCUCGCAUGGGCGGGGUGCCCAUCAUGGUGCCUGCUCAAAACCAGGCUGGCUCUCUGGUGUAGUGCUAACAGCGCCAAAGGGUUUGGACACACCUGCGGACGUCCUCUGUAAACUAUUGUACAGCUCCAGAUAAAGAGUGAUUCUCAGAACAAAGGAGAGAACACCGCUGAGACUGAAUCUGAUCAGCACUGAGGAAAAUCUGGUUUCAAUUUUGGAAGUAGCAAUUAGUUAGCCCAGAAGAUGUAAUGCUGAGAACUACAGGUGUGUCACAAGAUGUAAUUUACUUCAUCCAUGUGUUCCCCUGAAUUUUUUUUCUAUUACACACAUACACACACACACACACACACACACACACACACACACACAAGAAGAAAAUUUGGUUUUAAUUUUGGAAAUAGCAAUUAAGCGAUAAUAUUGAUAAGUACAGGUGUCUCACAAGAUGUAAUUUCCUUCAUCUAAGUGUACCCUGAUUUCUUUUUUGCUGUUUUUUUUUAUAUUCAGGAUGUAUUCAAAAUGUACAGGUGUCAGUUUAAUACUGCAUACUGCUGGUUUUUUUUUUUUUUUCAAAAUGCAUUAUCUGUGUGUUUUUUACAAGCUGAUUUUUUAAUGGCUGGCGUUACACCUUUCCCUUUUUUGCUGUUUCCAGCACAUAGAAGGCAUAGAAUUAAUCUUCCAAGCAAAAGAUUAUUUAACCAAGCUCAGUUAAACUGACUAUUUUCGUUUGUUUUUUUAUUGGUUGUGUCAUUUCAUGUUGAAUUUGUCUAAAGUGAAUCAAGAAGAGAUUCUGAAAAAAGUGUCAAUUGAGAAUUGUUGCCUGUGUCAACACUGGAGAUUGUGCCAUGCAGAAUAGCUCUCACCUGUUUGAAGAAAGGGCUGAUUCACAGGUUAGAAUGAUUUAUACAACAGCUGGUUAAGAGACAUCACUAAAAUCUGAAACAGCUGUAUCGAAACUCAUCUUUCUCUGUGUCCUUGAAACUUUUAAGUAGAAUACAAUUGCCUCUUAAGAGUGAAAGAGUAUUAAGAUCAGAUUACACACAGUUCAUGCUGUAUAUAGAUUCAUAUGCUUCACUUAGACCCAGAAGGGUUCAAUUGCUGGACAGGAUGUUUUUUAGGUUAGAAUAUAAACAUCAACCAAAUACCAUUUGUUUGCCUUUAUGUACAUUGGCCAAAUUUUCAG